GGGAAAAUAAAGGCCUGAGGGCCAGAAAAGAUCCCGAACCAGAGAACAUUCCGAACCUUGUCAGAAGAGAGCUGAAGGCCCCAGAGCCCGCCCUGGGGUGGAGACUAACAGCUAGGGGCGGGGCCUCUGGCGGGGCGGGGCCAGCCGGCUAACCGAGACGUGGCGCAGUGGUCCGGCCGUUCUCCUGUAUCUUGCGGAUCGUCUUCGGCCGGAUUUCGAUGCACCUCCCGCUGCCUCCACGGCCCCUGCUGCUGCUUCUCGCGGCAUUCGCGGCCGCCGUCACUACCUUCCGGCCCGACUGGAACCGUCUGCACGGCCUGGCCCGGGCCCGGGUAGAGACCUGUGGAGGAUGACAGCUGAAUCGCCUGAAGGAGGUGAAGGCCUUCGUCACCCAGGACAUCCCGUUAUAUCACAACCUGGUAAUGAAACACCUUCCAGGGGCCGACCCGGAGCUCGUCCUGCUGGGCCACCGCUACGAAGAACUAGAGCGGAUCCCACUCAGUGAAAUGACCCGCGAGGAGAUCAAUGAGCUGGUGCAGGAGCUCGGCUUCUAUCGCAAGGCGGCGCCCGACGAACCUGUUCCUCCUGAGCACUUGCAGGCGCCCGCCAAGUCCGCCGAAGGCGCUCCGGAUCGCCCUGACCUUUAAGUCCCGCAGCGUGGGCCCAAACCUACCCCCCCCAACGCCCCCGCCUGAGCCCUGGGGACAGAAUGAAGCGCUCAGCGUCCCGGGAGCACUUCCCUCGCUGAGGGCCGACGCUUCGUCCCAGAGCCGGCAGAGAUGGAGUUGGGGUAACCUCCUAACCCCUUUCUUCCCUACUCAGAUCAAUUAAAUCCUCUUCCGGAUCAA